AUGAGAAUUCUUGGAUUUUUCGUUCUAUUACGUUUUUCUCUAGUGCUAGACACUAUUGAUAUUAUUAAUUUCAUUUCAUUUGGUAUUGAAUAUAAAGAUAAAAUCUUUGGACAAGAACUUAACGAUAUAACUGAUUCAAUAUUAAUUUCUGUUCGAUAUGCUUUCUUUAAUCAAUAUUAUGAUAAAGUUCAUGUUUCCCGUCAUGGUUUAAUUAUAUUAGGAAAUAAUAGUUAUUUAUUAUCGCUUAAAAUACCGGAUCAAUUUUCUCUUGAAGAUUUGGUAUAUGUCACAUCUUAUUGGAUUGAUACAAAUAACACAAACGAUUCAAUUAGUAAGAUCUUUUAUCGCAAAGUUUUACUGAAGAACGAACGUAAUGCUCUUUCAAAAAUAAGUGAAACUGUACAUAAAGGAUAUUCUAAAUUAGCUGUUCAACGAAUGUUGUGGACAUUUAUUGUCACUUGGCAUCAACUAUCUAAUAGUAAAAAUUCUACAAAUCGAAAUACUUAUCAAGCAAUAUUAAAUACUAAUGGAUUUUAUUUAUUUACUUUAUUUAUCUAUCAUAAAUUACAAGGGUCACAAGGUUCAUCAAGUAUUCAUUCGCAAAUUGGAUUUAAUACUGGUGAUAAAAUGAAAUAUUAUAAAGAGAAAAUGUAUUUUUCGCCGUUAGUAUUGACUAUUGUUAAUGAUUCAAAUAUAGAUAUACCUGAUCAGUUGGUAAGUAUGUUCUUCGCCGAAAACAAGAUCGUCGAAAACUCACAUCGCCGACUCGACGUGGAAAUUUACGGUGCGUUUCCACGUCGUGUCGGCGAUUUUGUAUUUCAUGCAUCAGAUAAUUUUAGUGAUAUACAAUAUGUAACAUCUACUGGUUUACAAGUUUCUUCAUUUCGAGGUUCAAUUUAUGGUCGAUAUGAAUUUCGAUUAGAUGGUAUUUGUUUUAAUAAAUCUGUCUAUGAAAUACAUAUUCAUAAUCAAAUAUUUAAUGAUUGUCAUGUACUUAGUACAUUAUAUAUUGUUUGUCUUAUGCCUAUGUUGAUCGAUAGUGGUAAAAUAAAAAUAGAAGUAUAUGAUCGAAAAGAUAAAAUUCUUAUAGAUUCUAUUGAAUUUCUUGCUCAUGUACCAGAAGAUCAUGGUGAAUUAAUAUUAACCCUUUGGUUACGUGAUGUACAAUGUAUAACAUCUACUGGUUUACAAAUUUCUUCAUUUCGAGGUUCAAUUUAUUGUGGAUAUAAAUUUCAAUUAACUUGGACGGAUGCUCAAUGUUGUUAUGAUGAACAAGGAAAAUUUAUUGAACAUGGAAAAGAAAGUGCUGGAAUACUUGAUGAUAUAUCACCUUAUGCAAAUAAUUGGUUUGAAAAACGUUUAAUUGACGAAAAUGAUCAAUAUAAACAUAUGCUUCAAUUAGAUGAUUCUUUUGAAUCUGAAGCUUGGAUUGAUCUAUUUAAAUUUGAUGAACAAUAUGAAGUAAAUGAAAAAAAAUAUCAUGAAAUUCGAAAAACAAUUUUUAAAUAUACUGAUGAUGAAUUUGGAUCAAGUUCAAAUUCAUCAGAUAGUGAUGAAGAAGCUGAUGAUAAUGAAGAAAAACAACAAAGAACUAUCGAUCCAAGUGACACAAAUUUAGUAACGCUUCGUCAUAAAACAUGUUUAACAAUUCAAUCAAAUAUUUCUGCUAAAGAAUGUGCUAAGAAAUUACUUAAAAUGAAUUUAUAUCGUAGACAAAAUAGGGAUGUAUGUGAAGUAAUUGUUGAUAUUUGUGGACAGCAACCUACAUAUGAACGUUUUUUUGGUUUAGUUGGAGAAAAUAUUUGUUUAUUAGAUAAAGAUUAUAUUUAUUGGUUUGAAAAAAGUUUUCGAGAUCGAUAUAUGGAUGCUGAUCGUCUGGAAAAUGUUAAAUUAAGAAAUGUGACUAAAUUUUUUGCAUAUUUACUUGCUACAAAUUCCAUUCACUGGAGUGUAUUUAAAUGUAUUCAUUUAAUUGAAAAAAAUAUAAGAUCAUCAUCUUGUGACUACUUGAAAAAUUUAUUUAUGGAAUUAAUUAAAUGUUUUGGCUUUAACAAACUCAAGGAUCAUUUAACUGAUCCAACAUUGAGAAAUUGUUUUCAAGGUCUUUUUCUACUUGAUAAUUCAGAAAAUGCUCAAUUUUGCAUCAAAUUUUUUACAUCAAUUGGUCUUGGUAGAAUAACAGAUGAAUUGCACGAAUUCAUUAUAUCAAAUCCAACACCAUCUCCACCUUCAUUUAUGUCAAUAUCUGAUAAUAUCAUGAAAGAUUUUUAUGAUCGUCAUCUUCGUUAUGAAGAAGAUAAAAGAAAAAAAGAAAAAAUAUAA